GAGAUGCUUCUGAUGUGAUCUAUUUGUUUUCGUUAUUGCACAACAAAAUCUGUUGUUUGUUUACCGUUUUUACGUUGUUACAAAAAAGUAAUACUCCAGCCGUUGCCCAGUUUAAGUAGCAAUGGACGAGGACGUAGAAUUUCGGGACAUGGUGCUGAAAAAGCUGGAGGAAAAUGGAUCUCUGCUGGAAAUCAAAGCCAAACUUCGCGCAUACCUUUACGAUGUGAUCGAAAAUGAUGGUAAAAUGACGGAAGCGGUAAACGAUAAUGAUCUCACCUAUAACAGUGGUGACAAAUCGGACCUGGACGAUGAUGAACCGGAGGAGCAGGAGAUGGACGGCCGAACGUUAGCGUUAGGGCUGGUUUUUGAUUUGUUGGAUUGCCUCAAACUUCCGUACACGAAGCAAGUGCUUUCAGCGGAGACGGGCGUCAAAAGGCCAUGCCCCAGGGUGCGCUUAAAGAAGGAAUUUUUGCGCCAAACCUCCACCGAUGAUGCUGACCUUGGGGGAGAAGCAAUCUUGCUGCAGCUAAUUGAACAAAUUCGGACUGUUCAAUCGUCUAGUGGCGGAACUAGUGAGGUAUCACAAGUAAGUAGAGAAAUUACUGAAAGCAAAACCGUAACGGAGGAUGCGGUUGAAGGAGAUUCUGCCAUAACUACCUGAUGGUUUUU